AUGAUUUGCUCUUUGGUAUUUGUCAAUGUUGCCGUUUGUGUUCUUGUUGGUUUCACCAGGUUCGAUCUGUUCGAUACCAUUUAUGGAUCUUUGCAAUUGUUCCUGGUUCUGCAAUUCACCUAUGUCGUCCUUCUCCUACAAGGAGUAAACAAAAUGGUGGACAUAAUUUCGAAUCGGGUUUUCGAUACGUACAACAGGUUUUCGCCGUCCAACAAUCAUCAGAACGAAUCUCUUUCCACUUUGAGAACUCUGAACCGGUUCGUCAGAGAUGAAAAGUUCAAGAGGACUCAGGCCAGAGUAGCUGAUACACAGGCCAGAGAAGCACAAUUAUUUGACAUCAAGGAAAAUAUUCCGGACGUACAGUUAGCACACAGAAGGUCCUUCAUGGGAUUGAGUUGCCAAAAUUGCACAAUGACGAGUAGGGAAUCCCUGGUGACCAAAGCGACUGAAACGCUAGCGUUGCGCAACAUCCUCGACUACCGGCUGCCUUUCAGCAAAAACGGCUUCUUCCAGCGAUCCUUCGCGCACCUCUACCAGGUGUGCGAGCUGAAAAAGUUCCCCUACGCCCAAGUGGCUGACGUCACGCUGCGCGACGAAAGACUGAAACGCGCCGUGGAAACGGCGACUGCGCAGCAAUUCCGGGAUACGGAAAACGGAUCGGAAGAGUUCUAUCAGGAGCUGUUGAUGAGCAAUCAGCGGCGCAGCAAGAAAUUGUUGAUCGACAUGCGGUCUACCUUGUCGGACUUUUUGCUGAGGUUCACCUCGUGGGUCCUCUACAAACUACUCCCGUGCUUCCUCACCUCCGUUGUCGUCCAUCCCGGCCAAGUGGAGAUGCUGAAGGAGGCCGGUAAAUCGAGCCUGCCGCUGAUAUUCCUGCCGCUGCACAGGUCCCAUCUGGACUACAUCCUGAUAUCGUUCAUUUUGCUGAACAACAACGUCAGAUCGCCGUUGGUGGCUGCGGGAGACAACCUCAGGAUUCCGUUCUUCGGGUCCCUGCUCCGCGGUCUGGGCGCCUUCUUCAUCAAGCGUCGCAUCGACCCGGUGAUGGGACGUAAGGACGUCGUCUACAAGACGGUCCUGCACGCGUACAUGAACAACUGUUUGAGGGCCGGCCACAACCUCGAGUUCUUCCUGGAGGGCGGCCGAACAAGGACGGGCAAGCCGUGUAUGCCCAAAUACGGGGUGCUCAGCGUGCUCGUUGAUUCCUUCCUCGACGGUAGCAUUGAAGAUGCUUUGUUGGUUCCUGUUAGCGUAAAUUAUGAAAAACUGGUCGAUGGUAAUUUCGUUAGAGAGCAGCUAGGCCAACCGAAAGAAAUGGAAACAUUCGGUAAUGCAGUGAAGGGAAUCUGGAAAGUGCUGAAUUCUAAUUAUGGUAUGAUGAGGAUUGACUUCAAUCAACCGUUUUCGCUGAGGGAACUAGUGAAAACCUUCAAUAUGAAUUCAAAUAUGGUUGCGCCACUGAAUGGGCACAAAAUGCUGAAAUCUAACCCAUCUGUAAAUAGUCUAUAUGGUACUGAUGUAGUGUCCGAAGAACAAAGAGGUCUGGUGGCCCAAAUUUCCAAACAUAUAAUUUAUGAUUGUGCCCAGUCAACGUCGGUUAUGUCUACAAAUGCCUUAGCUUAUUUAUUAUUAACGAAAUUCAGAGAUGGUGCGAAUAUAGAGGAAUUAGUUGAUGCUUUAGAUGCUUUAAGGAAGGACCUGGAAUAUGCGAGGCGAGAUAUCGGUUUUUCAGGAGAUUCCAUCGAUGUUAUCACAUAUGCUAUGGAAAUGUUGGGCCCGGCGCUCGUCCGCAAAGAGAAACCCCACAACACCGCCGACUCUGACGUCAUCAAGCCCGUCACCCUCUUACCCAACGUCAUCGAACUGGCCUACUACAGCAACACGCUGGUGACGCACUUUGCGCUAGACUCGCUUGUCGCUAUCGCCGCCCAAGCGAUCGACCCCCAUGCGCAAGCGAUCGACCCCCAUGCGCAAGCCAUUGACGCCCAUGCGCAAGCGAUCGACGCCCAUGCGCAAGCGAUCGACGCCCAAGUGACGCACCCGUCGAGUGAGGUGGGGCACCGCGAAUUGGUGGAGGCGACUCUGGAGCUGUGCGACAUCGUGCAGUACGAGUUCUUGUUGUGCAAGCCGUGCCAGAGCCUCGAGCAGGUGGUGACGAGUUGCGUGGACGAGUUGGUGUACAGGAAGCAGAUUUUCUUGGUGGACACCGAGGAAGAGACGGAACUGAGCAGGCGAAGCAGACGUAUAGCGAAGCAAUUCGACGAUAACGACAACGACUACGACGAGGGACCGCGGAAAGUUUACAGAAGGAAUCAGGAUCCGGCUGCCGUGGACACGUUGAGGUGCCUUAGGGCGCCUUUGAUGCCUCUGAUCGAGUGCUACGCGACGACAGCUUUCGCGCUGGACAAGCUGGUGGGCAGGCAGCUGCUCGAGGAGGAGCUGGUCAGGGAGACGCUCAACGAGCUGAAAGAGCGGUUGGCGCAAGGCACGCUCGAAUAUGCUGAGAGUGUUUCAGUGGACUCCAUCAAAAACGCCCUCAAACUCUACCAGCAUUGGGGCAUACUCGAAUGCCACUCGGAGAAGAAGUUGAGGCUGUAUUACCUUCGAGAAAACCAAGACGAUUCCGAAUCGGUGAAAGCUUUGUAUCAAAGAGUGAACAAGUAUAGACGAUCGAAGUAA